AUCACCCUUCUCAUGCUUCUUUUUCCAUUAAUACUACUGACGAGCAUUGUAGUAGGAAAAUCAGAGAAGAAGAGGAUGAAAAACUUGCCACCAGGUUCAAUGGGUUGGCCAUACAUUGGAGAAUCUCUAAAACUUUACUCUCAAAACCCAGAUGUCUUUUUUCAGUCUAGGCUACAAAGGUAUGGUGAGAUAUUCAAGACUCAUUUACUAGGUUGUCCUUGUGUGAUGGUGGCAAGUCCUGAGGCUGUAAAAUUUGUGUUGGUGACACAGUCAAGAUUGUUCAAGCCAACUUACCCUCCAUCGAAGGAGAAGCUGAUCGGAUCGUCCGCCAUUUUCUUCCAGCAAGCUGGUGCUUAUCAUACUCGAAUCAGAAAAUUAGUUCAAGCUUCCCUCAAUCUCGACAUUAUCCGCACCUUGAUUCCUGACAUUGAAGCUAUUGCUCUACUUGCUUUGAACUCAUGCUGUGCUGGUGGCCGAGUCAUUAACACCUUCCGUCAGAUGAAGAAGUUUACAUUUGAUGUAGCUACUUUGAUCAUAUUUGGUCAGCUGGAGACUUCCUACAAAGCUAUGCUGGAGAAGAACUACCGCACACUGGACAAGGGUUACAAUUCUUUCCCUAUAAAUCUCCCUGGAACUCCAUACAAGAAAUCACUCUUGGCAAGGAAAAGGAUAGGGCAAAUUCUGAGAGAGAUCAUAAGGAGCAGGAAAUUAGAGGAGAGAGGGCUUCUGGGCAGCCUCAUGAAGUUCGAAUGUGAAAAUGGUGAGCGACUGAGUGAUGAUGAAAUAGGAGAUAACGUCAUUGGGGUGCUCUUUGCAGCUCAGGACACCACUGCCAGUGUCUUGACAUGGAUUCUCAAGUACAUUCAUGAUGAUUCAAACCUUUUGGAGUCUAUCAAGGCAGAGCAGAAGGCGUUUUAUGAAUCAAAUGAUGGAGGAAAACGGCCAUUAACCUGGACUCAAGCAAGAAAUAUGCCUCUAACUAGUCGGGUGAUAAUGGAGAGUUUGAGGAUGGCAAGCAUAAUAUCUUUCACUUUCCGUGAAGCGGUUCAGGAUGUUGAAUACAAAGGUUUCUUAAUUCCAAAAGGAUGGAAGGUACUUCCUUUAUUUCGAAACCUGCACCAUGAUCCGGAUUUCUUCACCCAUCCAAAUAUAUUUGAUCCUUCAAGAUUUGAGGUUGGACUAAAAGCCAGUACGUAUAUGCCAUUCGGCACUGGUGUUCAUGCAUGUCCUGGAAAUGAAGUCGCAAAGCUUGAGAUGCUAAUUCUAAUUCACCAUCUGGUCAACAAGUUCAGGUGGGAAGUGGUGGGAUCCGGGAAUCGGGUUGAGUACGCCCCGUUUCCAAUGCCCAAAGGCGGACUCCCUGCAAGGUUUUGGAAAGACGAAUCCUGCAGUCAGGGCUGA